GUGCCUUAGCGCGAAACGCGUUUGAAGGAGCUAGAGAAUAGUAGUCGGGAAUAGACAAUCUUGACAACACUUCUUCUAUCAUUAUAUUCCUUUCCUUUUCAGCCGACCACUUUUGAGUUUUGACUGUCUGUCCAAGCAAACACACAAGUCCUUCCUCUGUUUCUCACAUUUUUAUCUCUUCUGUGCCCAAAUUUAAAGGUCAGCCUCACGAACGUUCCAAUCUAGAACAACACAACACAACUAUAAAAACCUUAAAUUUGGACACAAAUUUAAUUCAAGCUCUCAUUAUUUUUAGAUUUGGACAUCAAAUUUAAAGCCAAUAACAAUGGAGAUGUCGAACAGACAAUCUCCAUCCAAGGCCCUCUUCCUGAUAUUGGCUAUUAUAUCCAUCCAACACAUUUCCACUGUACAAUGCAUCGGAGUUAACUACGGCACCCUCGGCGACAACCUCCCGCCGCCGGCACAGGUUGCUCAAUUCCUCAAGGACAAAACCAUCAUCGACCGUGUCAAGAUUUUCGAUGUCAACCCGGACAUCAUCCGAGCCUUUGCCAACACCGGAAUCUCCCUCACCGUCACCGUCCCCAACGGCGAGAUCCCCAACCUCACCGAAAUCCGGUCAGCUCGCCGGUGGGUCAACCAGUACAUCAAGCCUUUCGUCCCACAAACCCGAAUCAAUUACAUUGCCGUCGGGAACGAGAUCCUCCACUGGGGCCCGCAGAACCUAAUCGACAACCUCGUUCCGGCAAUGAAGACCCUUUACAAAGCUCUCCACAUGAACGGAAUCCGGGACAUUAAAGUUUCCUCUCCGCAUUCUCUGGGGAUUCUCUUGUCAGCUAACCCGCCGAGCAGGGCCAGUUUCCGACCCGGUUGGGAUGUGGGCGUUUUGAAGCCGAUGUUGGAUUUCCUGAACGCGACAAACGGUCCAUUCAUGGUCAAUCCUUAUCCUUAUUUCGGGUUUGACCCGAAUGAAGUCGAUUUCGACGUGUUCCGGCCUAAUAAGGGAAUAUACGACCGGUUUACCCGGCGGACUUACACUAAUAAAUUCGAUUUGCUUUUGGAUGCCGUGUUUGUGUCCAUGAAGAGAUUGGGCCACGGGGAUGUGGAGAUUGUGGCGGCGGAGACAGGGUGGCCGUCGUUGGGUGAGACUUUUGAGCCACAAUGCACGGUGGCGAAUGCUGCAUCCUACAACGGCGGGUUGGUGAGGAAGUUCAUCUCCGGGAGAGGGACUCCGUUGAUGCCACACAAGAAAUUCGAGACGUAUAUUUUUGGGUUGUUCAAUGAGAACCAGAAGCCAGGGUCAUUGGCUGAGAGGAACUGGGGAUUGUUCAGGCCGGAUUUCACUCCGGUUUAUGAUGCUGGAAUCUUGAAACCCGGUGCCGGAGUGCCGGUUCCAGCAGUACCAGUAACACCAGGACCUGGCAAGAAAUGGUGCGUCCCAAGGGCGGGAGCAACCGACGCAGCCCUCCAGAACAACAUCAACUACGUUUGCAGCCAAGGCCUGGAUUGCCGUCCCAUUCAACAAGGCGGUACCUGCUUCAAUCCCAACACCGUCCGCUCCCAUGCUGCUUACCUCAUGAACUUGUGGUUCCAAACUAAGGGCACCACCCUCCAAAACUGUGACUUCUCCGGCACCGGAGACAUCGUCACCGAUAGAGAUCCAAGUUACGGUGCAUGCAAAUAUUAGUGAUCUUCUGAAGUGUUAGGACCGACCAUCUAAUGAACUAAAAAGAGGGUUCCCGACUCUGACUUGCAACAACCGGAAUGAAGUUUUGGACUUGAUUAUUUAUCUAAUUGUUCGUAUUCCCUUGGGCCAAUUCACAUGCAAUCAGUUUUCUUAUGAAUUCUGAUAAGUGCAUGGGAGGAUUCUAGCUCUAGUUGACUCUGGAUUUAGUGUUUUGUUGUACAUUUCAGAAUUUGUAUCAUAUUACUUAAUGAAAUAUUCGUCGAAAAUUGAUAAUUUAGUUACUUAUCAUAUUUCAAAAAUGUAUUUUGUAUGAAAAUUGAUAUGAUAUUUGGAAAACAUAAUGAUUGAGAUGAAAUACAAGUUACGCAUGAUGCUACUCCGAACACUUUCGCAAAUUGGACUGCAUAUCAAUGCAAAUAAUGAGAAUAAAUAUGUAGCAUAAUGUAAAUUUUACAUCGAUAAAACACAAUAAAAAUAAAAAUAAUAGCUC